CCUGAUGAUAGGAUAUCAAAUGAUCAAGUUAUCAAUAAUAAAUCAACCGGAACAAUACUCAAGUUGAUAUCCCAAUUCAAAAUUUUACUAAAGAAAUCAUCAAAAUUAAAUGGAUUUCUCUCUGGUUUACCCAAUACUGAAACUACUCUUCAUUAA